UCCCAUACUCGGAAGCUUAAGACUCAACUUUUGUGUCAAAACUAUACGUGUUUGCAUCUGACACUAACAGCAACAGUAAGUAUUGUUGUGUCUUCAUUUAUAUCCGCGCACUAUAAUUGGUUCUUCGUUGUAAAGACAAUAAUGAUGCAAAUUACUCUAUACCAUCAACAUUAUAUAUGAAGGUUUCAUAACAUUUAAUGUUUUUUGUGUUACAUGUUACCAGGUGACGAAAGGUCAUCUUUAAUAACCAUUCCUAUCUGUGUUGGAAGCGCCAUCUUGAUAAUUAUUGUUGCAAUGUGUCUGUUACGACGUCGCUGUGAAUUUCUAAAGAAUCGGCAUAUAAAAGAUGCAACCAUUGAAAUAGCUACUGUAGAAGCAGUAACUUGGUCGAGCAGUUCUCGUGUCAAUAACGGAACCGGUAAUGAAGAAGAAGUAUUAAGCAAUACAACACACCAACGAGUAAACACAUCGAUCGAACGUGUACGCAAAACGCGUGGAUUUUGUAAUGAAGCGUAUGUUGACUAUAACUCUUGUCAUGGAAAGAAGGAUAACACAGGUGAUGAUAACACUAUUGAGGGCAAGUAUAGGAACGAACAAUCAGUAACGAGUGCAAAUCAUGGUCAAGUUAUUUCAGGAUUUUGUAACGAGGCAUAUGCUGGUUGGGUCGAGACUUCACCAUCACACACUGGCGAUUCGCAAAGUAAAGGUAGCUGCAAAAACAAUGAUCGAAAUAGUCACAGUUCAAUAAAAUUGGCAGACUGUACGUACAGCGUGGUCAACAAAAACACACGCAAACACAUGCUAUUAGAUUAUUCUUCACAAAGCUCUUUUUGUUCUGACCUAAGCACAACUAAAGAGAAGAAGGAAAUUAUUUACAGCAUGGCAAAGGAACCGAAUGAAGAAGAUUCAGAGAUUUGACUGACUUUUGAUUGAAGCAAUAUUUUACUAGCAUGUUGACCAAGGUAACUGACUACUAGGCGUAAAUCGGUGACGUUUUGCAGUUCUAAAUAUGUAAUGUGCUCAGUUGUCAUAACUAUAUGUCUAUGUACAGCUCGCCUAAACAUGACAUCAUCAUGUAUCCAAUAAUAUUGUUCAUUACCAUUACAUGUAUAAGUUGUCCUACUUUACUCUGGUUAAAUAAAGCAUUAAAAUCUGUAUAAGACAGUAUGCAUGGCAUGAUGUAUGUAGGUGUUGAGUCUGUAUGAGUCUGCUUUUUUGUAAUGUUCAUACAUGCUAAGAACAUAUAUUUGUAUAUAGUAUAUUUAUUUAGAAAUAAGCAUUUAAUGAGGAUCUGUUUCCUAUCAGAUAGGAAUAUAUAGGGCACGUUUAACUAGUUAUACAUAUUUAAAUGUUUUAGCAUACAUGAUUUUUGUAUAUAUGUGUUAUUACUGCAAUGUAUUGCCA